UCGUAUCGUCAGGUGUUGGUAUCUUCUGUGACUCCAUAUUAAUAUCGACAUAGGUAUCUGAAGCUGUGAUGAAGUGUUAUUUCUCUCUCCACUGACUCUAAUACCCUUUCAUUAUUUUAAUCCCACACUCAUUACAUUCGUAUCUUCCAUCUUGGAACGGACCAAAAUAAAUACUCCUUACACUCGCCCUCUUUGCAAUGUGCAUCCAGCCAGUGUUUUCUUUUUUUCAGUUUCUAAAUUUGAACGCGGGCACGCGCCAGUGUUAGAACGCGCGCGCUUCGUGCAUGAGCUUUCGAAUUUUCGUUUAGAAAUCCAUCCAUGCGGUCUUUUUGUAGAGCCCAAGUAUAAAGUCCUGUAUCGGCCAAGUCGCGUGGUAUCGUUGUUCAAACAAAGAGUUUUGUGGCAUUACCGUGAAGAUAACACUGGCCCAGUGUUAAAAGUGCAUUCGAUAAAAGUGUUACUUCUAAAAAACCUUUUUGUUUUUUCUAAAGACGAUAAACUUUGUGAAGUUUUAAAAACUUUUUAAACUGACCAUAGACAGUGUUAGCUUUUAUUUUUAAUUAAAGUGGUGGAUGAUUGUCUUUUUAAAAGAAAAUGGGUAAGAAGAAGAAAAAUAACGCGAAACGAGGAGGCAACAGAUUCUUUCGGUGGAUUCGAAGUGACCUCCCCGACGAAGAGGAUAAGAAAUCUCCCGUGCUCCUCUUAGGGGUUAACAAGAUCUCCGACUCUCCCUCUUUCGUGAGAAGAAGAUCCAUCGAUCACUCAUCAGGGUCCAUCCGGUUCUUCCGACCUCCAAAGUCUAAAUACACGAGAGGGUUGCAGGGUGACGAAAGGUUGGAAAAGAUAAGACAAGAUCUUCUAGUGCAUAAGAGUAAGCAGGAUAGGUACAUUCCAAAAAGCCAUGAGCGUUCCAUCGAUUCUGAAGAGAAAUGCUUAAAACUCAACUGUGCUGGCAACUGUAUUUGUGAAAGGAACCAGUCAAAUAGAGGAUCCUUCUCUUUUCACAGACCUGAAGACAGACAGUCUUCCUUAUGCCCUUCAGAGCCUUACGAAAGGGUUGAUAAGCCAGAUCUAUCAGAAACAGACAUUGAAUUCAAAUACACCGAAUACACUUCUGAAAAUCAACCCAGUUCUAGCAAGCAGAACUCUUACAAUGUUACCCCAAAAUCCACUGAUAGAAGAAACUUUCUGCUUUCAAACCUUAAUGAAAGGUUUCGCAAGACUUUGAGCUUGGAUUCGAGAAAGAUUGAGACAAAUCGGAUCCCUUUAAGUCUACCGAAAGAGCCAAGACCGAAGUCUCUUGUCAACACGAGUAAUAUCAUCCAACAUUAUAAACCUGAUGAGCCUUUUUUAAACCAAAACUUUGAGAAACCCCAGCCGAAGAAGAAAAGAAAAUCGUUUUUUUCCUUAGACACGUUUUUUGAUAAGAAAUCUGACACGUCAUCUAUAGACGAUUACUGCUCUUCUAAAUAUAAGAGAUUUGAACUUGAGAGCGACGACUCACCCCUAUUUCGUCGCGAGGAUCAUAAAAACCUUAACCAAAGAGAAAAGACGCCUGAUCUACUAAACCUUCCAGUUAUAAUAGACUCUGUUCGCAAAAGGCAAUCAGACACAAGAAGACAAUUAGAAAAACUUGAGAGCCAUUACUAUAAAAGUCUGAGAAUAAACAAAACAGUCGUAGAUGCUGUGCCAAAAGAUGCAACAGAACCACAUAGCUCGCACAACGGGCACACCAACCAUGUUUUUAUUGAUGAUGAUGAUGUAGACUAUAUUGAACCAAUAGGCACAAAUUCUCGAAGUAAUUUCACAAGUCAAAGCACCCUCAUUCUCGAUAAGAACAUUCCAGAAAAACCUGAAUCGAUACUAACAAUUUUCACUGAUGAGACUGACAUAAGACUACCGAGUUCGAAUAUUUCACCAAAAUCUGAUGUAAGGAAUAGAGAAAAUGAUUUAGACAGCAUUGGGGCUUAUGAAAUCGAAGUCAAGGAGUCGGAUUUGUUGAAAACUUCCAAAGAAUUGACUGUUAAAGUGAUGGAUAAGUCUGUGGACUCUAUUGGGAGCUGUUCGCUUGAUGUGGACGCGAGUACGGAUUUUUCAGAUACCACAUCGGGCAGCCUAAACCUCCUGACGCCAUCGUCCACCACCAGUCGCAUCAAGGAGUUCACGUCACGCAUACAGGAGCGGCAGAACCAGUACAUCCCCACACCCACAGUCACCCCCGUCAGGACCCCGGUCCGCACCCCGGACGACGCCCCCCCCACCCCCAGAAAGGCAGACUUCAGAGAACCUCCAAAGGAACCUCCAAAAAAGUCUGACAACCUUCUCAAGCCGCCCCCGAAGGUCUUCGUCGACACGACCAGUCACAGAUCAAGAGGGUUCCACAAGAAAAGGGACGAGGCACCCAAUAAGAAACCUAGCUAUCUGCACCUGGCUUGCUCCGUUAAUGGCUACACGAACCUAACUACCUAUGACUCGAAGUUACGUCAAGAUAUCAAUAAGAGUCGUGAGGCAUCUCCUAUCAGGCCGAUAACUCAUAAUUACCAGUACAGGAGCGAGAAUAACUCACUAUUAGUGCCUAUUCCUGUAAGCGCUAACAAACUGCUGGUGCCGACGUUCGGUCCUCAUGAUACGAGAGCCGAUUUGACAGCUAAAGCGCCUUCCAAGGCGCACACUGACCCCUACUUGAACACUCCACAUGUCUUCAUGGCUGAAGAAAAUAAACAACUCAAAAACGAUUUCUUAGGCACCAACAUGACGACUGCAAGGCCCUACAUCUCGGCGGAAAGCAAGAAUUUUGCUUCCUCAAUGCUCCACCAGAAAGAUGAGGUAGACAAUUCCAAAGAAUUAGGAUUCAAAUCCAGCUAUUCAGAAACUAACUUUAGGAAAACCGUCACAAAUGGAAAAGAACAGAGUCGGUUUAGUUCGGAGUCUUAUACUAUUUCUUCCAAUGGAGUCUCUAAAAGGGUUGAAAUAACUAAAGAGAAUGGAGAAAAACUGACAAGCCCGAUGAAAAGCUUCAUACAACAACGUGUGGAGAGGUUAUACGGGCCAGGGGCUUUAGCCCAAGGGUUCCUUAUGCAGAAACGUCACAAAAAAAGCUUCAGUGAAGAGGAUAAGGUCUUAACGGAGAAAUCCAUGAACUGCCAAACGGAUUUCUACAUGCAGAGGAAGUCAGAAGAUUUCACUACCACGAGUCCAAACGGAGACAUGGACUCCAGCGUAUCCCUUCCAGUCCUCAGGCACUUAAGACCAGAAUUCCGGGCUCAACUCGAAAUACUAUCACCAAAGAAAGCGGUUAAAACGGACAUAUCUCCUGUGAAGGAUGACCACAUUCCAUGUACGAAGACUGAAAACAGUGCAAGUGUAAACAUUAAUGACAAACCCAGUUUAACGGUAACAAAUAAAAAUAACAAUGUUAUGAGUGAUGUAGUGAGUGUAACAAAUGGUGUUUCUGUGAUAACGUUGGAUGACUCUGUGAAUGGUGAAGGGUUGGAGAAUAAUGGGGAGGUAGUGAGGGACGCUCAUUAUUUCCUCGAGUUGGAGAAGAAGGAGACAGAGAGACUGAUCGCUCUCGCUGUCACCGCUGAAAAGGAACUGGAGAAUUUCCAGGAAGGAGAAGUUAGUGAGGAGAUUUUAGGCCUGCUGCGCGCUGCAUCCGGCAAGGCUCGGCUGCUUGCCACGCAGAAGAUGCAGCAGUUUGAAGGUCUCUGCUACAAUAACAUCAAUGAGCGUCACGAUGAGCCGUUCCCGACGACGCUGCAGGAUCUCCAGGGCUUCUGGGACAUGGUGUGCCUUCAGGUCCGAAACGUGGACGCGCUCUACGCCCACAUCAGAAUGUUGAAGGAGAACGGAUGGAAAGAGCCGGCAACCCCGGAGAAGAAGCAAUCGUCAUCCCUGUCCACCCCGCGGCGCACGCGCACCACGCCGCAGGUGAAGAAUGAGAAGGCGCGGCUGGCGGCCGAGAAGCGAGAGGCGGACCGGAAGGCCAUGUUGGAGCAUCGCAGGCGCGUGGCCCGGGAGCGGCAGCUGGCGGCGCGGGCCUCGCUGCCGGGGCCCAGCCGCGAGAGUGACAACCAGAUGGGCAUCGAGGGCAGUCAGGAGGUGGAAAUCUUCGUGGGCAAGAACACGAAGCCGUCGAAGGUGGCUCCGAGGGGCGACUGCAUGAGCGCCGUGCACUCCGAAGACUCGGUGGACCAAAGCUGAUUCCAUCGGCCAUCCCACUUUUCUAUAUAGCUUCUUAUCUAUUAGUUAAAAUUCAAUUCAAAACACAUCAUUGCACACAGAUAUACAGAAGAGAUAGAGAAGGUACUUCGACGGCCUUAUUGCUAGACAGCAAUAUCUCUCAAGCCAUGGUAUGAGAAAACCAGGUAUGCUCAAAAGUUAACAUUUCAAGGUUAGCCCAGCUGACGUCAUCCCGCCCUGCGUUGCCAUUUCGUAAAAAAAUAAAUUACCCACUACCAGUGUUUCUAUAUUUACUUUGCAAGGAAAUUUUGAACUUUUAGUAAAGAAAAUUCCUACAGAUUUAAUGAUUUUGAUAUAUGGGUCGUUCUUCUUUUUUAUCGACAAUAAAAAGACAUUUUCUCAAUUUAUCGGAUUUAACAUCUUUAAAAUUAUAAAGGCAUUAAAUAUUUUAAAACAUCAUAUAAAGAUCUGUCUGUAGAGGACCAUUUAGAGGUUCUCUUUAUCUUGGUAACAUACUUUUCUUUGUAGACACAUUCCAAAAAAUAUUGUGACAGAGUGGUCCUUUUCAUCGGAGACAGCAUUUUAAUUUACCACUCUGUCACAGAAUUUUGUGAAAAACAAUCAAGCUUCUUUAAGGACUAAUUGAGGAACCGAUUAGUAUUUUGCUUGUAUUUUGAGUAUAAUAAGAUAACUAUAUUUUUGGACAAUGGAAACAUGAAACAAAAUUCUAAAACAUAACUUAUCAGAAGCAGAACGAAGGACAGAUCAUUGUCGAUAAAAAAGAAGAACGACCCAUAUGUGACGAGUAAUAGUAAUUAAAUACAUUAGUCAGUAAUUCACUUAAUCUUCAAUAAUAAAAUUUACGUCUUUGGAAUGUUGGAGAUACCAAUUUAAUGGUAACACUUACGUCAUCAAUGGGCUAGCAAUGGCGGCUUGUCAUAGGAUUGAGCAUACCUGGUCUUUUUUACCAUGUCUCGGGCAACCUUAGGGAGAAUGAAAUUGAUUGGGACGGAUAUGGGACGGCGCAGUAAUAGAAUAAACACACAGAACUCACUUACAUACACAUACAGUAUACAUAUAUCUAAUACAUAUCAUCAUCAUCAUCACCAGCCCAUUAACGUCCCCACUGCUGGGGCACGGGCCUUCCCUAUGGAUGGAUAGGGAGAUCGGGCCUUAAACCACCACGCGGGCCCAGUGCGGAUUUUUGGUUAUUAACGACUGCUAAUGCAGCCGGGACCAACGGCUUAACGUGCCUUCCGAAGCACGGAGGAGCUCGAGAUGAAAACUUUUUUUUUUGUGGUCACCCAUCCUAUGACCGGCCUUUGCGAAAGUUGCUUUACUUCAACAAUCGCAGACCGAGCGCGUUUACCGCUGCGCCACCGAGCUCCUCAAUACAUAAUAUAUAUAUUAUGUCGUGGCAAUAUCUUAGAAUUGAUCGUUUCAUGAUGUGUUCAACCAUUUCAUGAAAUGAUCAUAUUUCAUGAAAUAGCCAACUUAGGUUGACCAUAUCGUUGAAACGUCAACGUUUAAUGAUAUUUCAAUCAACGUUUGGCCAUAUCGUUAAUGUAGGCGGUGUCCAUGUGGUGUAAUAAAAACGCGAAUAGUCGAUUAAUGUCUUAGGUUCAAAAUUAUGUACGUAUUCGAUAUGGAAAAUUGUACAAUUACAUUGAUUCGUCGAUUAUAAUAUUAAUCAAGUUUUAAAUUUAAUCGACAUCAGCGCCACUACCGGUGGAUAAUGUUACUAAUUUUACGAUAUGAUUGCCAACGUUUGGCCAUAUCAUGAAGCAAUCAUGCAUUUAGUUGCUCAUAUCGUUAAACGUUUUGCGUUCAUUGAUCUGGCCAAAUUACAUCAUGAUAUGGCCAAAAUUACAUCAUGAUGUGGCCAACUUGUGAUAUUCUAUUUCCGCUGCCCUAGGACUGUCACUAUAUUUAUAAUAUCGUCACUGAAAAGGCAAAAUUACGUAAACGUCAAAAUGCCAUUUCAAGAAAAAGUCGUUUAAAGUAUUUUUUCGUUUUUUUUUUAUCAUAACCUCUUACCCAUUUAUCCAAUUUUGAUGACGUCAACGUAAGAUUACAUUGUUUUUCAUUUUCUAUGUCUAGCAGUAACAUAUUACAUAGACUGCUAUUUUAGGAUAUUUUGGCGCUUAAGUAAUUUUGCCUUACCAGUGACGAUAUCAUUAUCAUCAGCCGUACGACGCCCACUGCUGGGCAUAGGCCUCCCCCAAGGAUCUCCACGACGCAUAGUAUUGUUGGAAAGAAGUUAUAUAGAUAAGUUUGCCAUCAUAGGGAUUUGAAAUGGGACAACGUGCUAUAUUUUUUUUUUACGAAUCACAAAAAUGUAUAAUUAAAAGCCAUUUAUGGCCACCGAUGGCGAAAAUUCGUAAAAAAAAACGGUAUAGCAAAAAAAUGGGAAAAAAACAUAUUAAUGAUACUCAAAAAUUAUGGAAUCUUUAAAAAUCGUAUUUAAAUCCUUUUUUUUGUUUUGUCUUUUAAUGGAAUAAUAUAUGUUAAUUUAUUUGUUUUCUUUUUUUUUUCGUUUUAAUGCAGUUCAACGGUACGAUUUUUUUAAUUCCUAGUUUUUUUAUUUAUUUUAAGUUUUUUUAGGAUUGACGUUGCCCUCGGGUAAUGAAAAAAAAUUCAGUGAAAAAUAUUCUUUUUUUUUUUUGUUUCGUUUAUUGUAAAUAAAUAUGGCAGGAAUGGUAUAAAGUAACCGAAUUAUUAAAAUUUCUUAAUAUGGCAGGUUUAUACACUUGUAAUAUGAACUAUAAUGUUGGUGGUUUUUGGCAACACUUUAGAAGAAAAAAAUGUGUUCUGUAACCAGGAAGGACUAAAUAACAUUGUCAGUCUGCAUACCUCCAGAGGGCGUAUGGAGCAUACUCCACCACACUGCUUCCUUUUUUUAAUCACUAAAGUGUUGCCAGAAGUGAAAAACCCGCACUAAGCUUGUUAAAAUAAAAAAAAUAUAUAGAUUAAUCAAAAUUGUAUAUUUGCUGAAAUUAUUGUAAAAGUUAUACUAAGACAUAUUCUUAAGACACUAAAAGGCAUGAAAUUGAGGAAAUCUGAGUUUCAAACAGACUUUUCUUCACGCUAUAUCCCUUUCGGGGUCGGAGAGUAGUUAUUCCUAUGUAAUUAAUGUCGCUUUUUGAAAACGAUUUACCUAUAAAUCUGCACGCUUUGCUCUACCCCUAAAGGAGAAAGGCGUGAAGUAAAAUCUGUAUGUAACAUAAAAAUAGGACAUAAAACCUAACUAUGAUGAAGAUUACCAAGAAACAAACAUAAUUCACGCCCGCAACCCCAACUGGGGUGGUCAGAGCCACAAGUAAUCGAAGACAAUGUGCAGCCACUGUUGAUACGAAGUCCUAAGAUGGAUAUGUUGAACCUUAUGGUGGCAAGGGAUCAGCCCAUUACCCAUAUCAUCAUCAUCACCAGCCCAUUAACGUCCCCACUGCUGGGACACGGGCCUUCCCUAUGGAUGGAUAGGGGGAGAUCGGGCCUUAAACCACCACGCGGGCCCAGUGCGGAUUGGUGGUUAUUAACGACUGCUAAUGCAGCCGGGACCAACGGCUUAACGUGCCUUCCGAAGCACGGAGGAGUUCGAGAUGAAAACUUUUUUUUUUUGUGGUCACCCAUCCUAUGACCGGCCUUUGCGAAAGUUGCUUAACUUCAACAAUCGCAGACCGAGCGCGUUAACCGCUGCGCCACCGAGCUCCUCCCUAAUCUUACCCAUACAAUGGCCCAUAAUGUUAGAUGUCGACCUGUUGCCACAGUACCGGACGAACCCCGGUACCGGCGAUGGGUGUACCGGUGUACCUCUGACUACCCCAAUUGGGAUAUGGUCGUGAGCUUACGUUAUGUUUCGUGUUGGAAAGGAGAGAAUGUGUGGGUCAUUGCAAGUGGUCGGAAAUUCGGGGCUUAAUUGCCUAAAGUUCAUAAAAGCUGUGAAAAUAUGGAAACUGCUUCUUAAAAUGUUCAUAUACAAGGUGUUAGUGACAUCGUAACGAAAACUUCUGACGUUAUUCAGACCAUGAUUCUGAGAUAUCAAGUGGAACUUUCCAUCGGAAAAUUCAUAGAAAAAAUAGUCUCUUCUUAUCGUGUGGGUUGUGAGGUAGAAUACCAACCUCAUCAACCCUGGUGUCAGGGUUAUAAUUGAGCCGCCAAAGGCCCCUGACAUGGCUCACGUAACGAUUACUCACUUACAUCAGUAAAUAGUAACCGGGACCUACGGCUUAACGUGCCUUCCGAAGCACGGAUCAUCUUACUUUCGGACAAUCAGGUGAUCAGCCUGUAAUGUCCUAACCAAACUAGGGAUCACAAAGUGACUUUUGUGAUAUCCCCACCGGGAUUCGAACCCGGGGCCUCCGGAUCGUGAGUCCAACGCUCAACCACUGGACUACAGAGGCCGAAAAAUAGUGAUUUAUAUUAAUUAUUUUCAUUACCUUUGGUUUGGGACGGAAAAUUCCAUUCAAUAUGUACUCAGAAUCAGAACACUUUGUCAAUUUUUUCAAUACAAAAGUUCUAUGCAUAUUAACCAACGUAACUUAGGCAAAAUAAGCACUUUAUCCUCACUACUUAAAGCUGUAUAACAGAGCAUCACGCCUGUAACCCCGAAGGAGUAGGCAGAGGUGUAAUAGUAUAUACACCCACACCUCGGCUAUGUCAUAGCAUCUGUGUUACGUUAUGGCUUUAUGUCCUAAUAUUAAUAUUUUGUACUGCUCAAUACAAGUUGUGUUAUUAUACGAUAAAUAAGCGAAUGCGAGGAUGUUAUCAAGGAAUAAUGAAGAAUUGUGUUCAAAUUUUCAAGAUGCAGUCAGUGGUUCAAAAAGUUUAUUAGGGAAAUCGAUUUGUUGAUUUGGUUGUCAAGUCGAACAAAGUAUGUUGCGAAAUGUUGAUUUUCAUGUUAGCAAUCAGCCUAUUGCGUCCCACUUCUGGGCACAGGCCGAUCGCAGAUCACCGGCUUGCUUCUGCAUCGCGGAGCUCGGGUUCGAUCCCCGCAUUGCACUAAUGAGUUUAUUUCAAGUGCAGUCUUCAGACGGCGAUACGGUUCACCUAUCACGUUGGUCUAACAGAAAGCUCGGUGAGGUGUAGGUACUUAGUUCAUCUUGCAAUGGAUGUACUUCUGAAUAUUCUUGAGCUUACUUGUCAGAUUUUUCAACACAACUCUAGCUCACGCCUAUAUCCCAAUUGGGGUAGUCAGAGGUACAUCCAUCGGAAGGUGAACUAAGUACCCGGUGUUUCAAGUUAGCUUGAAAAUAACAUUUCGCGACGUAAAUGUAUAAAUAAUGUUAUAAAGAAUGGGUUUGUUAUGUUUUAUAUAACAGAGGGCAAAGAUUUAAGUCGUUGUUGUAAUAAAAUUAUGUUUCACACUGAUUUAACAACUCAUUAUAACUCUUAGAUUCGCACUAAACGCUGUAAUCCGCGAAAAUAGAUUUUGGAUUUUUGAUACAUUUUCAGCAUUGUCCUUUUUCCUUACACCCCGAUACCGACCCCGCCGGCGUGGUCGACGAUUUCCCUCAGCGCUUAUCGCUAUCGACCCUCUAGGGUCGAUUAAUUAUUUCCAAUAUUUUUCCUUUCAGACGGCGCCCUAAGCCGAGGUUCGCGCCCAACUGGGCACCAUCAGGCCUGUUGUCUGAAACGUUGUACCGGGUGAGAGCCUUCAUUGCUUCCCAUUUGUUCGGCCAAGUAGUUAAUGCCAUCUGCGGCAAAUCAAAAAUAAAAAAAAUCAUUACGCUCUUACUUCAAACCCUGAAUGAAUUCGACGUAUUUUCUGUUGAGGCAGCAGUUUUUUUUUUAAACCCAGUCUAGUAUUUUUUUUUAUAUAUAUAACAAUGACUUAAACUUUCGCCCUUUUGUCUAAGGCUCGUUGCGUAUGUAGUGUAUUUUGUGAAAGUUAUAGUUAUAUACAGUUAGAUGAUGCACGGUUUGUCUGUCUGUACGUUGUGAUAGCUUUGAAGAGUAUAAAGCCUUUAAUCCACUUUCGUAACUGACCUUUGGUAACCAGAUACGAGCGUGGAUUUAUUUUCUUGCUUGAGAACCAGUUACGAUAAUGGAAUUUACUUGUCGUUUUUGUAACCAUGUUUCAUAACCAGGAUAUAAGUCACGGCCGUGGUCCCUAAUGGGGGUGACAGAGCGACAAAUAACCAGGAGAUACUUGCAAUCACUUUUAAUACGAAAUCAUUAGAUAGCAAGAUAACAAAGUGAAAUCGAGAAAUAUUCAUUCGGCAAAACAUAAAUAGAGAAAAGAAAACGUUUUUUGUCACCUUUAGAUCUGUCUUUAUUUAGUAAUCCUAAACAUACUAAUUGCAGCUAUUUAUUGCCUUUGAUUUUAUAUAAUAAACAAGUAAAAAAUAUAUACAUUCAAAGCUAUUACAAAGUACAAAAAAAUAAUUUUAGUCAUAGACAAUAGAAUCUACACUAUUUAUAAAUUUAUCAUUUAUUUAAAUUCUGUGAAUCUUAGGUUUUCAAAACCAACAUUUGAAAUGAAAUAAAAUCAAAUUCCUUCGCAAAAUUGACUUUCGACUAUCUUAUACUUAUGAAAAUAGACUUACUAUUACUAACUUAUUAAAAAAUAUUUGAAAUAAAUCAUGUUAUGUUUAAAAAAUGUCAUAAUAAUAGAUAUCCGGUUUAUAGUAACUUAAUUUUAUUUAUAUUUUGCAAUAGCGUAACGGAACGUUUAUGUUACGUCACUUAAAGCCUAAUUAAUAGUCUGCUGUUUUAUAAUGUAAUAAACGUCAUGACAAGUA